GAAACUUUUUCGCUUUCUCCCUCGACUAAAGGGCCGGAUCGGGAGAGCUGGUGCACUAAACAAAAGUCAGUCUGGCAGGCAGGCGGGCAGGGGCCGGAGGAAAAGCUGGAGCCUGUUGAGCCUGUGAAUGGAGGGUUGCGCUGCGGAGUAGCCCCCUCUCUUCCAGGCUCUCAAGCCCUGUCGUUUUCCAGACAUAUUUCACUCCACCCACUUUCCUUUCUGCCAAUCAAAGCUGAUGGUGUUUGUGGGAUCGCCCGUCUUGCCAUGAUAAAAAGGCAGGAUGUUGAAGCAGAAUAAAUCAGUAGGAGCAGCAGCUGCAGCCACAGAAGAAUAAGACCAUGAAAAAUCCAAUGUAUGAAAUAGCAUCCCUGCUACUGGAAAAGUUUCUCCUGCUUGCCAACUUCAAACUUCUUGGUAUGGGGUCCAGUGCAGAGGAGGAAGAAAAGAAAAAACAUGCCUGUUAUUAUGACACAACCUAUUUCAAGCCAGGGGAUUUGCUGGAGGUGCCCCGCACCCUCUUCAUUCACUUUGGCAUCUACCUGGGGGACAACCGAGUGGCCCACCUUAUGCCAGACAUAUUACCAGCUGUCACUAAUGACCAGAAACAGAUCCAGAAGGUGGUGACCAAUAAGAGACUCAUCUUGGGCGUCAUCACGAAAAUGGCCAGGAUCCGUGUGGAUACAGUGGAGGACUUUGCUUACGGAGGCUUGAUUCUGGUGAACCACAUGGACAAACUCUUCAAGAACAAUGUCCUGCGUAACGAGGAGGUGGUCAGCAGAGCGGAAAAGCUGGUGGGUGCCACUGAAUACAGCUUGCUUUGGAACAACUGUGAACAUUUUGUGACCUUCUGCAGAUAUGGCUCUUCAGUCAGCUUCCAGACUGACAAGUUCUGUGAAACCGUGAAGAUGAUCAUCCGGGACCAGAGGAGCGUUCUUGCUUCAGCACUGCUGGGACUGGUUUCUAUACUCUGCCUGGGCCUGGCACCUUCCACCACUCUCCCUACCAUCAUUAUUCCAUUCAUGCUGUGGAUGGCUGGUUAAUGUUGCCCCCAGAGUUUGGUGGCCGUUGUAAAUAAAAUGUAUAAUGUAUUUAUGAAAGCUCAAACUCCUUCCCAAUAUUGUGUAUAGAGGAAAAUGGGACUUGCAAUUGUGUAAUGAUUUCAAUGUAUCUUUGGCCAGAAUAUGGUGAACAAGAGAGCUUACUGUGUAAGCCACUGGAUUCCAGAAGGCAACUUCAGCGAUGGAUUCAUGGGGUUUACUCCCAAGCAAGUGUGCGUGGGUGGCAAUCCUAAACCCAGAAAUACCUUCUGCUAAGAUUAAAGGUACUAACUCAUAAGUAAAUAGACAUAAGUUUGGAGCAUGGGUGAUCUAAGAGAAGAGGCAUUCAUUUGGAUGUCUGUGAAAGAGAAUAUUAGAGGAGAGGCAACUAACAGGCAAUGAAAACAAGCUACUAUUCCUUAUCCCUUCCAGAUCUACUGUGAAAGCUGUUGUUUGUAACCCAAAUACAAUGCACUGUUUCUAAUGAGGAUAAACAAAAA